CAAAUGGGGAAGGGACACACAGUGGAACAGGAGCUGACCCUGACAGACUUCAUUGUAUCCGAUUCAGAAAUGAAGUUGUGCUUCUCCUCCAGUGCGUCUCUCUUUCUUGUCAUCAUCAUCAGUAAUUUCAUUCAGUUCAGUGAAGCACAAGACAAUGUACUGAAACUUCCUAGUGCUACAAGAAGUCCAACAAAUGCUUCAAAGCAACUAAAACCAACCUGGAACAGCGAGGGAAUCACCCACAGGACAAGAACCGCACCAACUACUAUGAAGCCAGAAACCACAGCUUCAAACCAACCAAAACCAACCAGGAACAGCGAGGGAUUCACCCCCAGGACAACAACCACACCAACUACUAUGAUGCCAGAGACCACAGACAAUGUACUGAAACUUCCUAGUGCUACAAGAAGUCCAACAAAUGCUUCAAAGCAACCAAAAACAACCAGGAACAGUGAGGGGUACACCGACAGGACAACAACCACACCAACUACUAAGAAACCAGAGACCAGAGACGAUAUACUGAACCUGUCUACUGCUACAAGAAGUCCAACAAAAGCUUCAGAGCAACCAAAACCAACCAGGAACAGCAAGGGAUUCACCCACAGGACAAGAACCACACCAACUACUAAGAAACCAGAGCCCAGAGACAAUAAAUUGAACCUGUCUACUUCUACAAGUACAACAAAAUCUUCAAAACAACCAAAACCAACCAGGAACAGCAAGGGAUUCACCCACAGGAUAAGAACUGCACCAGCUACUAAGAAACCAGAGACCAGAGCUCCGAUUGUGUAUAUAUGGGCCCUGGUACUCUCCCUAGCGGCUGUAAUCCUGCUGGGAGUGACAGCUGUCUGUCUCUACAGGAGACGUAAAAAUCGUAGAUCUGCAGGAAUCCAGCAAGAGCCAGCAAACAAUACUGAAUACAGCCUCUUAGGCUUGGCCGGUAAUUUGAACGCCGAUAACACAGCUGGGAAAGAGCAAAUCAUCUACUCCAUUGCAGACCAUCCUUCAAGUGGUAAACCACCAACUUACGAACUUGUAGGAAGUGGGGGCAAUACAGCACAGCAGGAAGAUCACCAGUAUGCCAGCAUCGGUGACCUGUCCUCUGCUGCCGUCACGGAACAGAACCCAGUCUACAGCCUUUUGCAGAACCACUGAGAAAACUGCUUUCUCACUGCAGUCUUAAAGCAAGCAUGUUAGAAUUUCUGUACCUUUUACCAGCUACAUAUUCACAGCAGAUAUUUACUGUGCUGAGAGCUUUGUGUGAUUUAGUCUUCAACUUUCAAGCAAUUUAAAAAUAUGCAGGCAUACAGUGAAACAAAACAGCUUUAUACCAAAUACAAGUUAGGCACACAUACUGUAACAAUAAUGAGUAAAUGAAUUUGCUGUACAUGGUGCAACUUUCGACUAACGCUGUGCAGUGAGUUUGUACAUUAUCUUAGUCUAUAGAUCUACUGUAAACAGCUUGCAGUGAAGAAUGAGUGGUGACAAGUGUAAGGCAGUCCUUCCAUUGUUAUGUGUAAAUGAUGUCAAAAGUGACCAGAGCAGAUGGCUGAAAUCUGUUAUCACUCUAAGUGGUUCAGUGGAAUUCCAGACCGGAGUGCCGAGGUACAAAUGUAAUGAAGAGUCUGAUGACAUGAGGACGUAAGCAUGAGGAAUGAUAGCAGAAUCUUAGGGGGUUGAAGAGGCCAUGGGAGGAGUGAGGAGGACUGCGGAGAAUAUGAAGAUUCCUUGGAUGACUGGCAGAGGAUCCCAAUGAUCUCCUUCACUGUCCUCACUGCGCAGUGCGGGGUACUGCGUUCUGGGGCUUUACAGCUCCCAUGCAAUAGGAAAGAAUUCUUUAUAUGUGUAUUACAGCUAUGUAUAUAUUUAUAUACAUUCUGUUCUGGUUAUAGCUUGUGAUUCUCAGAAUGAAAAUUUGAAACCAAGGCAGGAAAAACAUUCUGAGACUGAAUAUUUCAGAAGUUCCCUCUAAGCCAGGGGUAGGGAACCUGGUCCAUGGAGAGCUGGUGUGGGUGCGGGUUUUUGGGAUGACCUCUCUGUCAGCCAAUAAUAAAGCAGCGAUUCUCAACUCCAGUCCUUGGAAUCCACUGUUAUUGGCUGAUUGAGAGG